AUGGCUCUCAGACUGGCUACAAAGUUGGCAAAGCAACAGGGGUGGAAGAAGGUGGUGUUUGAGGUAGAUUGUUUACAGAUUGUGGAAGAACUUAACAGGGAAGGUACUGAGAGGAUUGAGUCAGUGGUGAUUGAGGAUAUUAGGAGUACUCAGGAAUUUUUUGAUGAAUGUUGUUUUACUUUCACUAGGAGAGUUAACAACUUUGUUAGUCAUACGCUAGCCAAAUUGGCAAUUAGCCUAGAAUUUUCUGCUGAAUGGAAGGAGGCCUUCCCAGCGUGGCUGCAUGAUCUGGUGCAGAUGGAGUGUAAGGGCAGUUGCUCAGAUUUUUGUAAUUUGGUUUCCAUACUUCAAUAG